UACAAAUCACCCAAGAGGCAGCAAAACACACACACACACACACAACUAAAGUGAGAAAUCAAGAACUUCAGGUUUAGUUAAAAUUUUGGGGAUGGGGUUGGUCAAAAGGUUUGAUGUUUCCUUGAUGAUUGUGAUGUUGAUGGGUUUGGGGUUUACAAUAGGGUUAUCAAAUGGGUACAAGUUCUAUGUUGGUGGGAGAGAUGGUUGGGUCCUUAAACCUUCCGAGGAUUAUUCUCAUUGGUCUCACCGAAACCGCUUUCAAGUCAACGACACUCUUUAUUUCAAGUAUGCGAAGGGAAAAGAUUCAGUGUUGGAGGUGAGUGAAGAAGAGUACAACACAUGCAACACAACUCAUCCCAUAGCUUCCCUCUCAGACGGAGACUCUCUCUUUGUGCUUAGCCGCUCAGGUCCGUUCUUUUUCAUCAGCGGCAACUCGGAAAACUGCCUCAAAGGCCAGAAGCUAGCCAUCACAGUCAUGUCCGCCGCCCACCACAGCCGCACUCCUCAUCAGCCAUCUCCCUCCCCGUCACCUUCUCUGUCUCCGGUCCAACAGGCUUCGUCGUCUCCGGCGUCUUCUCCGGGAGUGGUUCCUUCUGAUUCAGAAGCUCUUGCUCCGGCUCCAGGGCCCGCGUCGGCCCGCAAUUCCGCCGGUUUGGUUGGUCCGGGUGUGGUUUCUCUAGGCUUGGUUCUUGUGGUUGUCAUAAGUUUUCCGGGUCAUUUUUGUUUGUGAAGGUGUUAAUUCCUCUAGAGUUGAGAUGGGUCUAAUAUUAAUGUGCCGUUUUAUUUUGUUUGAAUUUUGAAGCAUUUGUGACUGUUUUAUGUUUUUCCUGUCUCGUAUAUGUCCUAGCUAAUAUUUAAUCAUGACUUAUUAUAUCAAA